GUGAAACAGAACUUGUUGUUCUACAGUCUCUGGACUGAUGUGAAGGAGGUACCGUUGAAAGAGGAAACAGUGCUUUCAGGAAUACCAAAGAACCAUUUACUAGGAGACGAUGAGGAAGAGGGCAACCAAGGUGGGGUUCCCGCUCCAAUCAAGCCAGAAUUCGUACUCCCGAUCAUGCUGGGCGAACAAUUGACACCCUCAAGAUUGAGCACGGUAUUCGAGCAGUUACACAGUCCGAAGAGGUUGGUCGCUGGAGUAGUUAACGAUGACGGUACGGUAGUGUAUUACAUAGUACAUAAUGGGAUUGCUAAACCAAAAAAGAAU